AUGGGAUCUCUUUCGCCGCCCUCGAGCGACGUGUCAGUCGCAUUCUACAGCCGGGACGACCUGAGAGCCGAUCCUACUGUGACUAAAGCGAUCUUUGAUCUGAUCAACCUCGCCUUCAUGGUACAUUCUCAGACGAUCGGCUUCCACAAGAAGGAACCGCGCUUUUGGAACACGGACGAAAUGCUGGAAAUGGUUGGUCCCAAUGGUGUUCUCGCCGCAGCAUCGAUCAAUGGUCAACUAGUCGCUUCCUCCUCGUUCGUUCCUUGGCGACCGACGCCAGGAGGUAACGUUGACCAAGCCCUAAAACGAGACCGACCAAAGGACUACGCUCUCUUGGAGCAAGGAGGGCCGAGCUAUGAAGUCAAAGCCGUCGUCACGCUCCAGGGACCUACAACAUCCCGGCAAGGUCUGGCAGGAGUAGUCAAUGAGGCACUGCUCAAGCACGUCGACCAACGACACCCAGGCCAGGAUGUACUGCUGUGGAUCGGGAUAGCGGAAGCACAGGCGGGUCCGUAUUGGCGGAGAAGGGGGUACGAGAGAGUAGGAGAUAUUGAAAUCAAGCCGACAGGCACAUGGGGUUCAGACCACCCUUUCGAGUAUAUGACAUGCAUAAAAAGAGUAGACAUAAGCCGGUCUGGGUAG